UAUGUUCCUUUUGACACUAUAAGAACAGAGGCGUUUUGUAGUUUUUGCCGAUUUACCGAAUUUUCACUAUACACUGACGAGAAAUUACUUGGUUGAUAAGCGAUUUACAUAACAGACUGCGGCGGAUUGUUCUCAUCCAAAAACUGUAACGAAGCGCUGAAGAAUUUGGUCACGGUGGACUCCAGCUGAGUCAUUGAGUCAAUGUAACUUAUGGGAACGAAAGAGAGACGUAUAGGAGUAAAAUAUAUGGAGGGCUAUCUUGAGUUCAAGGAAUCUUCCAAGUGGAUAAAUUACUGGGUUGUAUUACAUGGAUUCAAGUUGUGUUUCUUCAAGAAUGAAAACACAAACACAAACUUAAAAGAAAAUAUUAAAUGCAAUAUUGAUAUUGCAAACUGUAGCUUUUCUAGUGGUAAAACCAGCAAAGACAAGUUUGAAUUUGAACUCAAAGCAGACCGCAAGAAGUACUUAUUUAGGACAAAUUCCGAACUUCUUCGUCUUCAGUGGGUACACUCAAUAGGACUUGCUGCACAGGGUAAGCCUCCAGUGACAUCAACAGAUUUUGAGUCAGGACCUGGUGACUCACCUACCAACAAUAACGAGUCUCCCGUAGAGAAAAUAUCAAACCAGUACACAGAAGAACUUGUGAAUUUUACGUUUUGUAAUCAGGAGCCACCUAGACCUGAAUCAUUAGGAGCAGAGGCCACUCCAGAAGCAUUUUAUGAUGAAUUUCCAGAUAACAAACCUCCCUGGUUUUUUGGUAAGCUCACAAGAGAAAAUGCUGAAGCAGUCCUCCAACCUCAUCCUGAAGGGAGCUUUUUAGUGCGAGAAAGUGAAACAGUUCGUAAGCUUGGUGCAUACACCCUCUCAUUGAAACACAGAGAUAAAUUCCGACACCACAAAAUUGAAACAGUAGCUGAUGGAAACCUUGUUAUUAAAGGACAUGAGGAUAAACCUUUCCCUAAUCUUGCAACUCUUAUGAAGUACUUUACAAAAAGUCAGGAACAAGAUAUCAUCAUGAAACCAGUGAUUUGUGGUACAAGUAAUGAUGAUGAACAAAAUGCCAUGAAAGGUUAUGAACUAAUGGGUGCUCGGCCUGCCCCACCAGGUUGUGAAGAGGGAGCGGACCUAAAUGGGUCAGUGGAAACCAGAGGACCAGUGAAACAUUCCUAUGAAAACAUACCAAGUAAGCCUCCCCUGAGAAGUCGUGUAACAUCACCUGAUCUGUUCAGGACUCAUGGGCAUGGCUAUGAGAACAUACCCAACAAAAGUAGAAGUUCAACAAUCCCUGGUUAUGAGUCAAUGGAUCCAAAAGGUGCUCCUGUUAUACCUCCUAGGCAACCGGUUGUAAAACACCCUGGAUAUGAGAAUAUUCCCGAGAAAGAGCCGGAACCCUUGCCUCCAAGACAGUCUACAUCCCAGGGGUACGAGAAUCUUCCCCCAAAGGAUGAGGAAGAUCCUCCAGCACUCCCACCGAGAAUUCCGUCACGUGCCCAUGGAUAUGAAAAUGUACCAACGAGAGACGAAAGAAGCCCGCCAUCGAAAGCUCUUCCAUACCAAAACAUUCGACCAGUGCCAUCACGUCGGCAGACCAGACAGGCCCCGCCAUUAAAUCGAGCAAAUACAGUGCCAGCUCAUAUCAUGCAGAAUACACUUGGAAAGGGCUCCAUCUGAGGGAGACCCCGUGGGUAGACCAAGGAUGGGAGGGAGAGAAGGCGAGUCUACGGUACACUCAGCGGUGAACUGAAAAAAAAAUACUUAUAGAACUAAGUUUGGCCUGCUAGAAAAUUCAUUGGUAGACAGCGUAUCGCAACUUAAGAAUUUUCAGAGCUCGUAUGUAUCACAAAAUAUAGAAAAGUCACUAUACUAUUUACAAAGCCCUUAAGAUGGUGACUUAAUAUUAGUUUUUCGCUCAU